AUGGAAAACUACAAGAAAUCUCCCUUAAAGCCAUGGAAGAAAGGCCCAACAAGAGGCAAAGGUGGGCCACUGAACGCCUCAUGCGAGUAUCGAGGAGUAAGACAAAGAACAUGGGGCAAAUGGGUGGCUGAAAUCAGAGAGCCCAAGAAGAGAACAAGGCUUUGGUUGGGCUCUUUCGCCACUGCUGAAGAGGCCGCCAUGGCCUAUGAUGAGGCCGCAAGAAGACUCUACGGCCCAGAUGCUUAUCUCAACCUUCCUCACCUUCACCAGCCCAACAAUAAUAAUAUUCCUUCAAAGUUCAAAUGGCUUCCUUCAAAGAAGUUCAUUUCUAUGUUUCCCUCUUGUGGUUUGCUCAACAUAAAUGCUCAGCCAAGUGUUCAUGUCAUUCACCAACGGCUCCAAGAACUCAAGCAAAAUGCAGUUUUGACUCAAAGUAGUCCUUCCAAUUCUAGUUCAUCUUCUUCAUGUUAUUCAAAACCCGAAAGUCAAAUCAAUGUGAAGGACAAAACCCCACUAGAGGAUAAUCAAAUGAUGAUGAAGAGGCAUGAUGAUCAGGAGAAGCCGCAGAUUGAUCUGCAUGAGUUUCUUGAACAGAUUGGAGUGUUGAAAGGAGAGAGGGAUGGUAAGUCGCAAGAAAGCGACGGUGGUGUGGCUGAUGAACAAGAAUCAUCAUCCAAUGAAGUACUACUCCAUGAUCACCAUGAUAUUCUUGGAGGUUUAGCUGACAAGAGCUUUAAUUGGGAUGCUCUCUUUGAAGUGCAUGAUAUAGUUGGUGAUCAAGGACCCGAAGCCGGCGGCUUCCAAGUUUGCGAUGUUGGCGAAGACUUGGCUUUCGCCCCUUCCAUUUGGAACUUCUGA